GUGAAUGUGGACGUGGACGCGGACGCGCACGCGAAUGCGCCUCACCUCACUCAACCCCUGCCGGGCGGCUGAGGAGGGAAAAAGACGCCCACAGGAGCCGCGGGCAGCAGCGGCAGCGAGCGGCGGGAGCGGACGGCCCAGAGGAUGAAGUGCAAGCCGAACCAGACGCGCACCUACGACCCGGAGGGGUUCAAGAAGCGAGCGGCGUGCCUGUGCUUCCGGAGCGAGCGCGAGGACGAGGUGCUGUUAGUGAGUAGCAGUCGGUACCCGGACCGCUGGAUUGUGCCGGGCGGGGGCAUGGAGCCCGAGGAGGAGCCGGGCGGUGCAGCAGUCCGAGAGGUGUACGAAGAGGCGGGAGUGAAGGGGAAGUUAGGCCGGCUCCUGGGCAUUUUCGAGCAGAACCAAGACCGCAAGCACAGAACGUACGUGUACGUACUGACUGUCACUGAGAUUCUGGAGGAUUGGGAAGAUUCGGUUAGCAUUGGGAGGAAGCGAGAGUGGUUCAAAAUCGAAGAUGCGAUCAAGGUUCUCCAGUGCCACAAGCCCGUGCAUGCCGAAUAUCUGGAAAAACUAAAGCUGGGCGGUUCCCCAACCAAUGGAAACUCCGUGGCCGCGUCCCUGCCACAGAGCGAUCCCUAGUAUGUACGGCUCCUGCACAGACUUCUGCUUUCCGCCUAUCUUAGAAUACAUAGUGCCCGGAGCACCUCUCAUUCCUUUGCGGUCUCACGGGGAGGAGGGGGGCUUCUUUUGUUUCCUUGGCAGACCUCUGAAUCACGCUUGCAAACUGUCUCGGUUGCCAGACACUGUUUUCAGACAAUUUGCACGUUUUUCAGAUGCUUUCAAAAUUGCUGCUUGGUAGCACUGUAACAGAUUUCCUAAAUCCUAAACCACAUGUUUUUUUUUUUUUUUUUUUUUUUUUUUUUUUUUUUUAAGGUGCCUUAACUGCUUGCCCAGCCCUUUGUGUGUGUGUGUUGAUGCUGUAGUUUAUUACAUUGCACACACGUGUGUGUGUGCGCGUGCGUGUUUUUGGUACCAAUCUUGUGGUUUGUUUUGGAGUGAAGGCCUUUAAAAUCUGAACAUCUUGGUUGUGUGGCAUCUGUAUUUUUUGCUUUCUCAUUCGCACCAUUAGACCUUGCUAGCAAGCCCUUUUGUGAUGGAAAUUGGUUUAAAGAUCAGAUAGAUAUAGAUCUAUAUAUAUAUUUAAAGUAUUUAAGAAAUUUUACAUCUUGUGGUCUUUCCACAGUGGGCAACAAUUUUCGGUUCAGUAAUGUGAUCUAAUUUGCCCUUUUCAGAAGUUUCUUUACCCAUACGUACAUGAUUUCAUUUUCUUUUCCUUUUUUUUUAUGAUUUCAUUUUCAAAAGAAUUCUGACCACUGGUCAUUUGUUGCUGCAUAUUUGAAAUGGCCAUUUCCCAUAUAGCCCAAAUGUAGUUUCAGAUUAUAUUACUUUAUACACUGGGUAUCUUCUUGGGAAAGUAUUGUUAGCCAAACAUAUCCUGAUAUGUACAUACUGUCAUGAAAACUGUAUUCAUCGAGUGUAAUUUAGCGUGUUCAGCUUCCAACUCCAUUGCCCAUUUCUUAAUACUGUAGAGCAACCAUGGUUUUCUCAAUAUAAACUAGUCUUUGAAAGAAAGUUAUUUCACAUAUUUGAAUUUUGUGACAUUCCAGUUAACCUUCCUGACUACCAGUAACCAUAGGAGUGGAAUUUAUAUGGUGAUUACAUCCCAAUCCAGUGAGGAACCCGUCUUGCUACUCAGCUUUUACAGACUUCUUAAACUGUCCAAACCCCUGAACAAUCUCUCUUAAAGAUUUAGGAUAAUUUUUUUGUGUGUCACAGGUCAAACUUUUGGGGGGCAUCUAAUUAAAAGCUCUUGCAUUUGCUUCAGUAGUUGUUUGAAAUCAGGAAUCUUGUUUAAAAUGCAUAGGUCUGUCUUCUUAAACUACCUUUAUUCUCUUAGCCAUGUCAGCAGUUAGGUAGAAGUAAAACCUUUGUGAAGAGGGUAUUAAGGAUGGAAAGUUAAUGCCACAUAUAACACUAAAACAUUU